AUGUCUAAACCUACUCAAGAGCAAAUCAAAAUCCUCGAGCAAUCGCGCCAGCGACUGGUGCAGCUCACCCGCUCACUGGGCUCACUAAUCUCAAGUCUACACUCAAGUGACCCUCUCCCGCCGUGGUCCUCCCUCCAGUCCCAAGCAAGCAUCAUCUCCAACAAUCUCCUUAGCGUCUCCGAACAACUCUCCGAGCAACGAGACCUCUUCACCUCACUAGUUGCCUACCCAAGCCCCGAAUACCCAGGCCGAACCCAAGCCCCAACCCUCGAACAACUUCUCCGCACAAAACUCGACCCCCGCGUCGAAGACUGGGUCGCGCGCGGCCGCGCCGCAGGCUCAGACAACGGCCCGUCACAAAGUACCAUCCCGUCCCCGUCGCGGCUCGUCGAGGCCGAAAGCGCCGAUCAUAAACUGAGCGAGGCGGAGCUCGCGCAGCUAUGGGAGUGGGCACCGCUUGAGGCGAACCAGGAGGCUAGACGGAGGAAUUGGGGUGGGAAUUAUACACUUGAGGAGAGGGAAAUGGGGAUUGAGAAUGUUGUUACUGGGUUGAAGAGGCAGCUGGAGGAUGAUCUGGGGUCGGAUGAGGAGAGUGAAGAGGAGGAUGAGGAUGAUGGGAAGGAGGAGAUGGAUAUUGUUGGGGUUCAUCGGAAGUCUGUUGGUGGAGGGCUUGAGUUUGAUAUCGCUGUUCGGCACCCGCACCCUGUUAAGCCAUUUGUGCCGCUGGAUGAUAUCUUGAAGUAUAUGACUACUGGGCGCUUGCAGUAG